ACAAACAGGUGAGCUGUGAGAGCUGAGGACACCUAGUGGCUGUUACAGGAACUACAAAUCAGCAGAAAACGUCCCUCCUUCCUUCAUGUGAUCAACCUGCUAGAUCCACCACAUCCUGAUGCUAAAUGUUUCUGUCAGGAAGUUGGACUGUAACUGCAGGACAAACCCUGCUGAGUCCAGAAGUGUUGAGUUUUAUUUGAUGAAAGUUUGAAUCAUGAGGAAGCUGUAUUCAGAUGAAGUCUCCUCCUCAUCCUCUGAGAUCAACAGGAAGCUUUUUCAGAUCUUGUGAGACAGAAAGAUGUUCUGAUUAGUUUCUGCCUGUUCAGCCUGCAGAGGAGCAGCGACAGCAUUCUGAGUGAAGUUGAUGAGACGCCACAGAGCGAUGAAGAACUGAUGAUGAUGAUGAUGAGUGUGGCGGUAAAUCAGGAGGAAGGUGAUGAAGAAGCUGCAGCCAGAGGUGAAAACCCAAGCAGAACCUGCAAGCUGCCAGCAGGGGGAGUAGUUCUGCUGGUUCUGGUCGGUCUGCUGGCUGCUGCUGUCAUCACCUACAAACUCUCUUUUGAUAAAAUACGAACCAAUCAAACCAUCCAAACCCUGAAAGAGGAGAAUGAAGCUCUGAGGAAAAAUAUCUCAGCAAACAUGUCCAACAUGUCCAGCAUGUUCAACAUGUCCAGCAAGUCCAACAUGUCCAGCAUGUUCAACAUGUCCAGCAAGUCCAACAUGUCCAACAUGUCCUCGACCUCCAACAUGUCCUCCACCUGGGUGGAUCGUCGAUUAAGUUUCUGGUAUGAGGGAGAACCAAACAACUCGGCCGGAACGAACCCAGCAGGAGAGGAUUGUGGGAGGAUGGAGAAGAAUGGAAACGUCAAAGAUCUGAAUAAUUGGGAUGAUCAUUCCUGUCAUGUUAAAAUCAAAAGUAUCUGUGAGAAACCAGCAGAAAUGUGAUUGUUUUUAUCAGGUACAAACAUUUAAGACGUUUUCUUUCUGUCUGGACUGAAUUAAGAUGCAAAAAGUCAGAUUUAAAUUUAGACUUUUAAUUUACUUUCACAUGAUGUGUUAUUGCUGAUUGGAGAUUUAUAAAUAAACUAAAUAGAAAAUAAAAUCCUGCUGCUAUAAA